AUGUGGGAUUGCUAUUACUGCACUUGGGAAAUCUUCGUGGAAGAGCGUAUAAGUUAUCCUAACGUUCGAACCUACACUGGUGGAGUGGUAGUUAAGCAGUUUAUUUCAAUGAGCUACAGAUCGAUAAUACUGAAUAUGGCCCUGUGCCAGAAUUAUGGGAGUAUCCAAUUACACCACCACCAUUGUUUGAGGAUGAGAGUCAUGUUUUACCUGUGCCUCAUACAGAGCAAAAAGUCACUUGUCCUAAAUGCAAUGGGAGUGGUAAUAUAA